AUGUCUUCUGACCGACAAUCAUCCAUCGUCGCCCUAGUCUAUAUCAUUCGUCACGGCGAAACCGACGAGAACCGCAAAGGGAUCAUACAAGGGCAGCUCGAUACACGAUUGAACGACGAAGGAAGGCUACAGGCUGAGAGGGUGGCCGAAGCCUUGAGAGAUUCGCCGGUCCAGUUCGAGAGAGCGUGGACUAGUGAUUUGGGAAGAGCUGUUGCGCUGGAGAAACAGAAGGAACUCAGGGAAAGGUACCUCGGCGAGCUGCAAGGCAAGCCUGCGACAGAUCGUAGUAUAAUUGGGUACGAGACAGCGGAACGCGCGGAGGACAUGUUGGCGAGGGGCCGCGGCUGGUGGAGGGACACCGUUCUCUCUUACACGUCCGAUCUCACCGCUCCCAGUGCCCUUUCACCGCGCGAUCCACCAAGCGUAUUGGCAGUGAGCCACGGUGGCUUCAUCAGCACUCUUCUGCGCGGACUCACGGCCGAUGGGUCAGUAAAGUGCGCAGAGGGUGUCCAGGUGGGGCAUUGUCCGAAUACCGGGAUAAGCAUCGUCGAGAUACAUAGAACCGGCGAGGGGAAAGAGUUGAAGGGUCUAUUGGUGCAGUAUGGAGAUAUAAAGCAUUUAGGGGGAGGGGUCGGCGUUGUGCAGGGUAAUGCAGACGAGCAAGCUAUGCCCAAGCCUCAGGACAUUGCGGGAUGUUAA